ACAAAUUGACGUUAUGCCCGACGUAGACGGCUUGUACACGGAUUGGGAGAUAGAAAUGGCAGAGCCAAGGAAGGAACAAUUUGACCCCGAAGAAAAUUACGCGUUGCAUACAUCUGACUUCAAGGGGCUCGUACUCAUAAUAAACAAUGAUCGUUUCCAUGAGGCAAAAGAUCGUCCUGGAUCGGAGCGGGACUUGAUAAAUAUCGAUCAUGUCUUCAGCCAAAUCGGCUAUGAACCUGUCAUCAUGACAAAUUUGUCUGCCAAUGAAAUUCGUACCUUUCUGGACAAGUCUGUAAGCAGAAUAAAUCUAGAGGGAUCCAUCUGUCACUCAUCUGUGGUUCUUGUUCUAAUGAGUCAUGGUGAAAAACAAGGCAUCUAUGGUACCGACUCGGAAGUUGUGACAAUUCAGGAAAUCAAGUCUAAGUUUUCUGGAAGACAAUGCCCAACCCUCCUCGGAAAACCAAAGAUGUUCUUCAUCCAGGCAUGUCGAGGACAAAUGCGCACAAAGAGCGCUCUAGACACUGAUGAUCCUAGAAGACUUUCGACAAUCGAGUUGGUGGAUGAUUCCGACAUCGAUUCUUGUUCAUCAAUGAGACCGACCGACGAUGCAGUGGAUAUUGAUGGCGAUGUUCCAGAUAACGCUGAUAUAUAUGUGGCCUACGCCACUUCCGAAGGAUAUUUUUCAAUUCGCGAUCAAGUGAAAGGUUCCUGGUUCAUACAGAGUUUGUGUGAGGAGUUGAUUGCCCACGUACACAUUGACGAUCUUGAUACCAUCAUGAACAGGGUAACAAGGCGUGUAACCGGCUUUACGGGUGCUGUAAUCGACGGCGAAGGAAGGAAGAAAAAGAUAUUACAAACUCCAGAUAUAUCCAAGCAAGGCAUCGGAAAGAAAAUUUACUUCAUGCCUAACUACCCACCUCGUUCUGAUGCCGCAUGUAGCUUGACUCAACCUCGUUCUGAUGCCGCAUGUAGCUUGACUCAACCUCGUUCUGAUGCCGCAUGUAGCUUGACUCAACAACCUCGCCCUGAUGCCGCAUGCAGCUUGACUCAACAACCGGGCCCAUCAUCAGAAUCACAAGGCCAUUGUUCAACACAUAGCGAAUGAAUUUUAGAUUGCCUUGUCAGAAUAUUUCAUGCAUUAUCGGGAAAUAAAUAGAACAUAGUACAAACAAAAUAAAAUUUGUCGAUCGGAAUCACUUUCACACCAGUGACAGACAGACGAUUUGUCGCCUCGAUCUUUGUUUCUAUAGUAACCUUUGAACCAAAGCAAGACGGCGAAAAAGCCCACAGAUGGCCUAAGCGCACGGCUAAUGUCUAAAUACAGAUUUGUACUUGUGAUAAUGGGCAAAGGCUACACCACUGUAACCGAUCUUCGACGAAUAAAAUUGAAAGGGAUAGUUGAGUUCUUGUUUAAGACCGCAAAUGCCUUCAAAGUGCAUGGUUAUUGCUCUUAUUCUUUAAUAUUUAUGUCAUUUCUAGUGUCCUUUUAGAACCUAAAAUUGCUAUGAAGGUAAUUUAAUACCCG